UCUAACCAUAAUAGCUGAACCAAUUAAGUUUGAUAUAAGCAUCCUAACUCUAUGCUGUGCCAUUCAUAGGCAAUUCAGCAGAAUAAUACUCUACGUAUGCUAGAGAUUUGGUUUUGAAUGAACAUGUUAAAUACUCAGGUAAACGGCGGUGGCCGGGUGCGCAGAAACCUCCGUCCGCCCUAACUUUAUACAUGUAUAUGAACAUUUUACACCCCUCGAUACCACUGCAAGUCAACAAGUGGCAACACUCACAGCAAUCAAGUAGAAGUCCGACAAUCAGUGUUGAUGCAAACUUACUUCAUAGGACACUAAAAGAAAAAAUACACCACAGUGCACUGACAGACCUUUCCUAUGUCGAGUGAAAAAGAGAAGCACACAGCACAUUCUGGUGAACAGAGUUCAAAUUCAGUGAUGGAGGAGAACCUGGCACCAGCACAGCCUCAUGAAACAAGUGGUGAACAAAAUGGUGUCCAACAGAACACAUGUGCUGUAUCUGAGAUAGAAGCUUUAAAAUCAUCAGUGUCAGAUACAGUAGACAUUGCCACAGAGCCCAGUGAGCAGACAUUACCUCCACCUCCUCCAAGUACAAAUGAUGACAGUGGUUCUGUACCAGUAAAACAGAUAGAGGAGUGUGAGGGGUUUGGCUCUGUGGUCACACAGGAAGAUGAGAGUAAGGAGCCCAGUGGUGAUGGUGCGGCGGUGUCCUCUGCUAGCACUGCUGACCACACUGGCCAUAUUGACCAGCAGGAGAUCCUGGAAAUGUUUGACACAUUGUCCACUAGUAAAGACACAGUUCAACUGGACGCUGCAGUCACGGGUGUUCAGGAAAAUACCAAUGCUUCAUUUUCAGAAAAUGGAAACACAAAAGAUGUCACACUAAGUGCUAAUGAAAAGCUAGUUGUAAAUAUUCCUUGUAAUGAACAAUCCCAGUUAACAAAGAGCGAGAAUGUUGCCAUGGCAACAGUUGAUAAGGAAAGCCAAGAAGGUGCUACUGCAGCAGAAGCCAAUGGGGACCAAAAAACUCCACUCCAAAGUAUAUAUCACUUAAAAUGGAUCCAGUUUAAAGGGAAGAAGAUAGGAAUUGUUACUCAGAAUGAUAAUGGACCAUGUCCUCUUAUUUCCAUCAUCAAUGUAUUAUCGUUACGGAAUAAGUUAAAGUUUCCCGCCAUGAUGGAGAUAGUAACGUCUGGCCAGCUAAUGGAGUAUCUGGGAGACUGCGUCUUUGAACAAGCUCCAAAGAACAUCUCAGAAUCGGCCCAACUGAAUUAUGAGCAGAAUAUGCACGAUGCAAUGUCCGUGUUCCACAAACUGCAGACAGGAUUAGAUGUCAAUGUCAAGUUUACAGGCGUUAGAGACUUUGAGUAUACACCAGAGUGUAUAGUAUUUGACUUGCUCAAUAUUCUGCUGUAUCAUGGCUGGCUUCCCGACCCAGAGAGUCCUGAGAUUUUGUCUGCAGUGGGAAACCUCAGCUACAACCAGUUAGUGGAGAAGAUUAUCACUCAGAAAGCCUCAGACAAGGAGGAGCUGGUCACUGAAGCACUGAUAGCAGAGAACUUCCUGACCACCACUGCCUCCCAGUUAACUUACCACGGCCUUUGUGAGUUGCUGUCCACACUGAAGGAUGACGAGCUAGCUGUCAUGUUCAGGAACAACCAUUUUGGAACCAUCUACAAAAAACAGAAUGAGCUGUUUGUUUUGGUAACGGACCAGGGUUUCCUGACAGAGAGCAAUGUGGUGUGGGAGACGCUGUCCAACGUUGAGGGUGACUGCCAUUUUGUCAACUGUAACUUUGUCACCUACAGGAAGGCGGAGAUGACCCAAGGAGCUGGACAGGGGCCAGCCAAGGCAUCCCCAGAAAACCCAGAAAGCCAGGUGGACCAUGAUUACCUGGUGGCAUUAUCUCUACAGCAAGACCAGGCAGACCAGCUUCCAGCCUCAACAUGGUCGCCAGGACAGGAAUCUACAGAGCAGACCGACCUUCAACUGGCAAUGCAGCUGCAAGAGGAAGAAAACCGGCGUGCAGACUCAUCCCAACAGAGGCGAGAUGCCCGAAGACAGCAGCAGAUGCAACAAAACCAGCUCCAUCUACAACGCCAGUUUGAGGCUGCUAACCGGGAAAGGCAUGAUACGGAACAUAAGAAGAAAGAUGAUAAAUGUAUAUUGUUGUAAGCAUAUGGUAACCAGCUGUUACGUGAUAUGGAGAAGACCAAAAAUGAGGCAAUAAAAUAUAAAAAAAGAAAGAAAAUGGUUAGCUUACUCAGAGAUAUUUCUUAACAAAUAUUGAAAGCAUGAAGACACUGGUGUGCUACUUAUUAAAAAAAAGAGUUGUUGUCCUUAGACAAGAGUACAAUGGUUGUUCUCACCUACAGCAAUGUGAAGUGUUGCCAGUCACAGAUAGAUGGCACUGUUGUUCUGGUAAUAGACUUAGGACAAGCGCAGGAUGUUUAGAUACUUGGUCACCCACACCAAGUAUUUGGCAUGUUGAAUUUAUAUGAAGUGCUAAAAAACAUCAUUUUAGAAGAUUGAUUGUUACAUCAACAUGGUUUUCUUCAUUUCAUGUUUGAUAUUAUUUAUUAUUGCUGAACAUUAAAAUUAAUUUAAGAAUUGGGAGAUUUUUGCAAUCUCGUAAAUAUAAAAAUUUAAGUUAGAAGACCCCUGUUUGAAUGCCCAUUUUCAUGCACCCAUUAUAAAGAUACACUGUUUCAUUGUGUAGAAAUCAGAUCUGAUGGUCAGCACCAGGAAAUUAUAUACUGUUAUUGUGGCUACUUCUCAUCCGAUCACCACAGUUUAAAAGUAGAACAUCUCUACAAUUAAACAUUUUAAAUAGAUUUUUUUUCAAUAAUUUGACUAUCUAGAGCGUUUCAUUUGUGAUGGGUCCUUUACUCCCUGUCAGCACAGAUGCCACACCUUCACAGGAAAUUUCCCUGAAAAAUGCACAAAUGAUGCAACUUGUAGCAAACCAAAUGAUUUCUGUGCCACUUGUAACCUUCCUUGCCGAAAAUACCAGUACAAGUAUAUACUUGGUUGUUAUCUGUCACAGAUAUUGCAGUUUGUAUCUUUCAAACAGUCACAGAGGCAUGGCUGCUGUUGACUAGAAAAUAGACAUUUUUGCCACAGAAAGGUGACAUUUGUUCAAACAAAUCAAAUGUUUUCUGUUAUAAGUAGAAUUUGCAUUGAAAAUGUGUUAGUUAUGAAGAAUGAAAAAACUAUGAAAAUAUGAUACAAACACAUGAUUUGACUUUUUUCUUUUUAAAAUUAGAAGCUUGUUCCUUGACUGCUUACCUUGGACAAUGUUGCUUUAAUGCAUUUAUCUGAACACAAGUGAUCUUUGUCAGUGAUUUUGAAAGAUAGUUAAAGCUGAAUAUUUUAGAGAUGAUAAAUUAUUGUUUAGUUAUUAAGAUUAUAUGGUUGCAACUUUGAGUGUAAAUUUGUGUUCAUAUUUAAUAUGCUUAUCAUUUCAACAUUUAAUAGGUGAAUAUUUCUGACAAAUUGUGUAUUAUUGGCUCAAUUUCCACGGGAAGAUUCCAUUUACCCAUUUUAUAUAGUAGUAAAAAUCUUUGGUCAGUGGAGGUAUGAAAUGUUAGAGUCCACAGACAUUCUUCCUUGAAAUGUAGAAAAGAAUUUAUAUAAUUUUCUGUAGUAAUAUUUAGUCUUCAAUAAUUACAUUUCAUGAGUAUGUAUUUAUGGGAAAAAAAUGACUUCUGUUUCCCCGUCUUCACCCAUUCCAUGUUGCUGUGUUUUUAUUGGAGUGUCUGGAGAGCGUUGUUCUGAAACUGAUAAUCUGCUUAAAAUACUGCAAGUAAGAUAUUUAUUGAGGUUAACAUGUCAUAUGAAAAUAUGCCGGAGUACAUUUUUAAUGUAAUCAGGGGCUCUCUUUCACAGAAAAAAACUAAGCUAACCAAGUAUCUUAAGGGCCUUGAUCAUGUUUGCAUUUAACAAUCAUUAUUACUGUUCAGAUUUAUUUUAGUGUCUUUGAAUCUCAGAUUAAUUGUAGUGGUAUCAGUGGAGUUAUGGGGUGUUGCAAUAUAGAAAUAUUUGCCAUUGGCAUAAAAAAAACAACUAGAAAGACUCGUGACUUAAACUUAUUAAUUGCAUCACAAAUAUUGAGUAUUUUAUUUUACUUAGCCACUGUUGUGCAAAUGAAAUGUACAAGCAAUGAACAGAAAUGUGCAUCAUGAGUUGUUUCAUCUAGAAAAGGGGUUCCAAAACCUUAAGAUGCGUCUUGAACAAUACAUACAUCAGAUGUAUACUACAAAAAGUGCAAUUCUUUAGCUUUAAUCCUCUUUAGGUGACAGAAAGGUGUGGUCCAUCUUGAAAAUGCACCAGUGAACAUGGGGGUGGUCUGGCCACAGUAAGUGUAGAAGUACAACAGUUUUAGCUUUCAGUUUGCUAUGAAACCGUCACACCAAUACCUAGGGUUCUGAUAUCAUUAUUUGCAGUAUGUACAGGGGGUAUAUGCUGUUGUCGUUGUACAACAUAAUGGUUUUUCUGCCUUGAAUUAUUUGCCUUUCUGAUACUUCUGGCUGAUAAUUUUGUGUACUGGUAGCAAUAUUGCCCAGCUUGUCUGUAUUUUCAGUAGACAGAAAUAUGUAAAUAAUUGUCAUUCAUCCUUUAUUUUCCAAAUACCUUGAUAGAUGGAUGUUAAAAUUGUUUUAUCUUUGACACACCAAUAUAUUUUAAUGCUUUAGAAAUGUAUUGAUAUCCUCCCAAGUGGUCCAACCCUGUAACUUCAUCAAAGUCCAGAGAAUUAUCUAAUAAACUCAACUUGUUAAAAA